AUGUUGGUCAUCCUGUCGCUAAAACACAUGAUGACCGCAGGACUGGAAGAUCAAGCGAAAAUGUACGUGUCCAAUGGUCACAUUAUCUUUAAGCCGGCGAUGGGCAAAAAUAUAACGUUUUCAGUGCGAGGAGCUGGAUACGUUAACGUUGGAAGUCACAACUUAGACCAGAUGCUCCAAACGAUGGCGAAAUGGUCAACUACCGGCGACCCAUUAUCGUUGCCUCCCAGCGGCUACCUAGGCCAGGGGGGGAUGGUGUCAGAGAACGCCGCCGAGCAACUCCAACUGCUGAUCACCAACAUCAAUGGCCCUUUUGGAUUGCUCAAGCAGUUGGACAACCUGGAGCGGGCCUCAACGAAAGGCAACGUAACGGUGUUGAGUUUGCGCAUUGAUUUGCUUGCUCGGAGGGUAAAGUCAGUCGAAAUCCUACUGGAAACCCUGGAGACGAGCGUACGAACCGAUCAUUGCGCCAGCGGACCAUGUCAGAACGGUGGCACCUGCGUCAGCUCGUACCGCUCCUUCCAGUGCCUCUGCCCAGCCAGCUGGCAGGGUCGCACUUGUGCGAAGGACGUGAAUGAGUGUGACCAUCUCGCCGGUACCGGACUUGGCUGCCAGAAUGGUGCCACGUGCCAGAACCGACCGGGCGGAUACUCCUGCCUCUGCGCCGACGGUUGGCGUGGUAUCCAUUGCAAUGCGCACACACAAGACUGUGAUCUGGCCGGGGCCGAACUGUGCGGUAAUGGUGUGUGCGUGCAGUCGAGCGACGGUAGUGGCUUCCGGUGUGCGUGCGAACCGGGCUGGAAGACAAACGGGCUGUCCCCAUCCUGUACGGUGGAUGUAGAUGAGUGUGAGGGUCCGGGGUUCCACUGCUCGCUGGAUCCUGCGGUAAAUUGCAUCAAUUUGCCUGGCUCAUUCGCCUGCGGCCUUUGUCCGGUCGGCUACACAGGCACUGGCUUCUACUGUGCCGAUAUCGAUGAGUGCGAGACAAACAAUGGGGGCUGCAGUACGGCACCUUCAGUGGCCUGCAUCAACACGAGGGGUUCUUUUCGCUGUGGUGCCUGUCCAGGUCCAUAUUCAGGAGGUGGUCGAACGUGCGUAGCUCAAGCUUCCCGCUGUACUCCUGACCAGUGCCAUCCGAUGGCACGCUGCGUUGACUAUGGCACUGUACCGGGUUGCGUGUGCUUGCCGGGUUACAUCGGAUCGGGCUAUGGUAGCUCAGGCUGUGCUAGGUUCGAGGCCGAGCCGUUGAACCACUGCGCUAGUGCACCCUGUCAGAACGGUGGUACGUGCGUGGUGACGAACGAAACGAGUUUCAGUUGCCGAUGUCCAGCCGGGACAGAGCAGCCGCAUUGCCGCAUCCCAUCACCCUGUGAUUCGAGUCCGUGCCAGAACGGAGGCUACUGUGACCAACUGUGGCAUGGGGAGCGCUUGGUAUGCCGCUGUCCGCCCGGCUAUUCCGGUCUGCACUGUCAGACGGCGGUACAGGAGUGCGACAGCGAACGCUAUCAGCUCGCUGGAACACUACACUAUCCGGAGUUUAACCAAACGACACUCGGCCAUUCCACCCGGUGUGCCUGGUUGAUCAAAACUAACGAAACGUUUACCCUGAAUGUCACCUUCAGCCAGUUUCGCCUCAUCGGCUCUCGUGGCGAGUGCAAGUCCGAGUGGUUGCAGAUCCACGAUGGACACUCGACGGCAGCACCGAUUAUUGGUCGGUACUGUGGCACCGGGCUACCUAACGGCGAUGGUCACCUCGCGUCCACCUCCAGCACGCUGUAUCUCUGGUUGUAUUCGGAAAUCUCAUUCCCAAUCGAUAGCUUCACUCUACACUGGGAGAGCGUUGAGUCAGUGUGCGGAGGUAGGAUGAUAGUUGAAGAGCCCGGUACAAUACAGUGGCCCCAGGAUGACCGCCGCCAGUCACACUGGGAUUGCAAGUGGCAACUACAGACCGAAUCAGGCCGUCGACUACAGUUUUCCUUCGUCACGCUGCAGCUGUCUAAGUCCGAGCAGUCACAUUGCCGCACUAGCUUUGUACAGUUAACGGACGGGAUCGAUGAGGACAAGGGUACGGUGCUCGCGAAAUACUGCGGCACUGAAUCGCACCCAAGCCCGCUGACAACGUCGGGCAGCGAGGCUAUGCUCUACUUCCACGACAGCGAGCACGAACAGGAUCCGGGCAAUGGUGAGGUGAGCUUCACGAUCCAGUACACCGUGGUCGAAGCCGAUUGCGGUGGCGUCUAUACGCAGCCGGUAGGUAUCAUCGCCAGCACACCAUCGCCGGUCGUCGCUCAAACUGACGACGACCAGCCACGGGACUGGCUGGUAUGUGAGUAUCAGAUCAGUCUACCGGUAGGGACACGCGUCGAGAUCCGCUUUGUCAAGUUGGACGUCCUCGAGCGGACGGGCGACCACGGAUCGUGUACCGAUAACGGUGCGCAGCUGGAGCUAUUCGAUGGGCGCAGUACGGCGGACCCGUUCCUAGGACGUUUUUGUGGUGAUCAGGUUCCACCUGACCGGCUCACCUCCACGGCUAAUAUGCUCCUGGUACGGUUUCGCCGUCGUCAGACGAAGCAGAGCUUCCGCCUGUCGUACGCCAUGAAGUGCGGCGGUACGUUCACUAACCCGGACCUGCCGUUAAUCUCGCCCGGUUAUCCGUCGCUUUAUUCGGGAGAGCUGCAGUGUGAAUAUGUGAUGCACGCACCGCUCGGUUCCAUCAUAUCGUUCGACUUCGUCGACCUGGAUCUAGGAGAGGGCGACACCAUUAACUGUGAGUGGGGCUACGUUGAGCUGCAUGAUGCAUUGUCGAGAAGAAACCUCCUUGGCGGUGGCUGCAAACGCUCGAUGUCGAAACGAAUACGGUCCACUCGCAAUGUGCUCCGGUUGCGCUACGUCUUCUAUGGUCGCCGAUCUGCAGGCCGUGGAUUCAAGGGUUGGUUCCACUUCUCCGAGGUCGGCUGCGGUGGUGUGUUGACACACGACAAGGAUCCCAUCAUCCAUUCGCCAGCGAUCGCGGAGACGAAUCAGCACUAUCAGCGGGAUGGUCGGUGCGAGUGGAUCCUGGAGGCACCGGUCGGUUAUACGAUAUUGCUUAGCUGGGACAGCAUCGAGCUGGAACCGCCGGCGACCAGUGGUCGCUGUCUGCAGCAGUACAUCGAAGUGUACGACAACUCGACCCAGGCCGGCAACAGACAGGUGGGCCGGUACUGUGGCUCGCAGAGGCCACCGACGAUGAACAGCGCGGGCGAGCUACUGACCAUACGUUUCGUCACCGAUCCCACGGCACCGCCGAAGGAAAGUUUUGCCUUCCAGUUCACCUUCAUCGAGACGAAACAGACUUGCGGUGGCUCGUACUCCGGGACGAACGGCGUGAUAAAGUCACCCGGUUGGCCGUAUCAGUACGCCUCGAACCGGAACUGCGUUUGGACGAUCGACGUUCCGAUGGGACUGCAGAUCCGGCUGCUCGUGCGUUCGUUCGAGGUGGAACAGCAGGACAGUGGAUGUCGGUUCGAUGGAUUAACGAUCCGGAACGGUGGCAACGACCAGUCGCCCCUGCUCGGGACGUUCUGUGGUCACCUGGAUGACGAGGAUUUCAACGAUACGAUCUCCUCCGGUCACCAGCUGUACCUACACUUCUUCUCCGACGGUUUGGGUAGCGCCAGGGGUUUCCAUCUCGAGUGGGACGCUUCGACGACGGGCUGUGGCGGAGUGCUAACCGCGCCAUCCGGUAUGAUCAUCUCACCAAACUAUCCGCUCGCGUACGGACACAACGGAAGUUGCAGUUGGCGUAUCAUCGUCGCCCAGGGUUCGACCAUACGAUUCCUGGUGACCAGCCUGUACCUGGCAGACAGUGAACCGUGCCGGCACGACUACCUGGACGUGUACGAUGGUACCGACACCGGGGGUCACCGGUUGGGUCGGUUCUGCGGUCACGUUGGGCCGACCAUCCUGCCCCAAACGACCACAAACCACGCGUACCUCCGGUUGCAAUCGACCGACACCUAUCAGGGAGCUGGUGGUUUCCGGCUAGAGUACGAGCUGGUCUGCCGGAACAACAUCACCAGCGGUCGGCGGGGUGUCCUAGAAUCACCAAACUUUCCCGAUCCCUACCCACCCGGGCUGGACUGCCAGUGGAAGAUUGUGGUACCGCGCGGUAACCGAAUCCGACUCGAGUGCAGAUUCUUUCGGAUGGAGUCCCGUUACGGGGACGCUACGAGCAGUACCGCGAGUCAGUACUGUCCCUACGAUUACCUGGAGGUACGUCAACCGGAUGCGACGUCGGAUCUGCCGGUACGACAUCGUUACUGUACCGCACCGCCCCGUACGUUCGUUAGCCUGGGCAACACGAUCGAGUUGGUGUUUCACUCGGCCAGCAAUGGCAGCAGCGGCAUGGAGCGUUACGGAUUCCAGCUCGAGUGGAGCAUCGAGGGCUGCGGUGGAUUGUUGACGACGUACCAGAAUCCGGGCGUUACGCAGGACUUCAGCUCUCCCGGAUUCCCCCACUCGUACCCCAGGAAUACCGAGUGUCUGUGGCAGAUCGUAACCGAACCGGGGCAACAGAUUAUGCUGAUGUUCGAAGAGCUGCGGCUACGGCCGAAUGCUGGCUGCCGAUCGGAUGGGGUGAUGGUCGCGAACGAUGCCAACUUCCUUCACCUCAUCACGACAAUCUGUCACGAUGGGACGGAGGCUCCGCUCCGGUUCGUCAGCACCGGACACCAGCUGUACGUCAAGUUUUGGUCAAGUGACAUUGACGCCUCGUACCGUGGGUUCCGGGCAAAGUACCUCGAACGUACGGCCGAGUGCGGAGGUACGUACAUACUGCCCCAUGGUGUAAUCAAUACGCCCAACUACCCGGCACCCUACCCAGUGAACACCAGCUGCGAAUGGCUCAUCUUGACGGAGCUCUCGCACACACUACGGCUUACGAUCGACGAGUUCGUCCUCGAACCAUCGGACAACUGCACGAACGAUGCGCUCCAGGUGUACGACGGUGUUGUCCCGGCGCGGGAACACCUACUGCUAGUUGCUUGCGGAACCGUUGUCGGGUCGAACGCAUUGCCCAGCACAGUUUCGUCCAUCCGGCACGCGCUGCUGGUUACCUUCCGCUCGAACGACCUGUACAGCUACAAAGGCUUCCAGGCCAGCUACGUCACGAACUGUGGCGCACAAAUAUUGGUCAAGAAACCGGGCCGCGUCAAUCUCGACACAGCGCACAUGCUGGUCGCGACGAAGGAGUGCGCCUGGGUACUGACAGCACCGCAGGAAACGGAGCGCAUCACACUCUCCUUUGUCCAUGUGAGUAUUGGUAACGUCACGCUAGACGUACUGGAUGGUGAUGCGGAGACCAUUGGUGCUGCAGUACGUUAUAUGGGCCACGGUUACCACAUUCCUCCAGCCAUCGUCAGCAGUGGCAACGCCCUGACGGUACGGAUCCGCUCAACGGAGCUCUCGCUGACGGAGCUAAACGAUCUGUUCCUGGAGUUCACCUACACCACGUUGGAGAAUGCUUGUGGCGGGCGACUGGACGCACUGACCGGUAUGUUCGCUUCGCCCAACUUUCCCCUCUCCUACCCGGCCGGCGUCGAGUGCGUCUGGGAGGUGAGUGCAUCGCCCGGCAACCGAAUCCGGCUCGAGAUCACCCAACUCGACAUCGUCCCCACCGACGGUUGCAACAGUGACUAUCUGGAGGUGCGUGAAUCCGCUGCCAGUGGCCGACUGUUGGGGGAUUUUUGUGGCGUCGGCCAACCACUACCGACCAACCUGACCGUUGCAGCCGGUUUCUGGAUCAAGUUCCGCUCCAGUGGUCCAACCGUGGCUACCGGCUUCCUGGCACAGUAUUCAUACGAGUCACUGGCCGAGCUUGAUGGUUCGAACGGAGUGAUCACCUCUCCGCUGUAUCCCCGGGGCUACUACGCGCCACGGGAUGCCAGCUGGCGCGUUUCGGUCCCGGUCGGAUCGGUGGUGGCGAUCAGUUUCAACCAGUUUGGCAUCGAUCACAGCAGCGACUUGCCGGAUCUAUGUGAUGGAUCUCUCGUGAUUUACGAUGGAGACGCCGAUGACGACGACGAGGCACGGAAGCUGUUGACCGCCUGUGGCUACGUGAAACCGGAUCCCCUCACCUCCAGCACGAACGUCGUGUACAUUCAGCUCGACCACCGGAACGCCAGGGGACCGUCCAACUUUUCCCUGCAAUGGCACCAGCUGGUCGUGAUGAGUGGUGAGUUAGUGCCAGCUGCCAGGACGAAAGAUGAGCUGCUUCCCUGCACCAGUAACCGGCUGAUCGUGCUCGAUGACGUUCGUGCAACGAUCAACGUCAGCUCACCCGGGUAUCCGUACGGCUAUGCAGCUGGAGUGUUCUGCAGCUGGACGUUCCAGUCGGCGAUCCGUACCUAUCACCCCGUGAUACGGCUGGUGGUCGUGGAUUUGGAAGAAACGGCCAAGUGUCUGGCCGAUUACGUUGAGUUGGAAGGUUCCACUGAUCUCGCCACGUGGAUUCCCCUCGAGCGUGUCUGUCGGUACGAGGGCAGACACGCCAACGAGACGACCAUUUCGGGGACACCCCAUCUAAGGUUGAACUUCCGCACCGACUACUACCACAAUCGGACCGGGUUCUUGGCGACGGUGCGACUCCAGUGUGGCGGCGACCUGACGGCCCCCGAAGGCGUGAUCGAGCUGGAGCAUGGAGUACGACCGGACCUAGAAUGGUGCACCUGGAAUGUGACCGUGCUUAUGGGUCGCCAGAUCGAGUUCGAGUUCGAGCAGCUCAACGCGAGCGACGGUGCUUUGGUAAUAAUCUGGAACGGGCUCGAUAAUCGUGCGCCAGCGCUCGGUGUGUACGAAGGUACGGAAUUGCCCGGUCUUCAGCACACCACGAGCAACGGCGCCCGUGUGCACUACCGAAGAAGCUCGGCCCGCACCGGGUCGAGCUCGAACAACUUCCGGCUGCUGUACCGUGAGCUAUCGCUGGGGUGUGGUGGCACAGUGUUGCUCGACCGGCACCACAACACAGCGGAACUCCGGACACCGAACUAUCCGGCGGCACCGCCACCGUACCUCGACUGCGUCUGGCAGAUUCUGGCGACCGCCGGUCAGCUGCUGCGGCUUGACUUUUUCGAUACCGCAACGUUCUUAGCACCGAACUGUGACCAGCACUACCUGGAGGUACUGGAUGGCCUGAUGGAGAGUGCACCGGUACUGUUGCGCGUAUGCCAUUCCUUUACGUUACAGCAUAUCUACACGACCGGCAACGGUAUGCGGGUGCGGUACUUUGACGAGCGAAGCAACGGUACCAAACCGCUGAAAGUUCAUGUAUCGUUGGCCAGCUGUGGUCGGUCGAGCCGCAGUAUGAGUGGUACCGUUACGUCCGAGAACUACCCUGUGCCCGGUGGUUAUCCUGCGCACUCUGAGUGUAAGUACCACAUUAACCCACCGACCCUAGCGACCCCUCAGCUGACCUUCACCGAUCUGCACCUACCGGGGAACCCGGCGGAUGGUGGCUGCGCCGACACUGACAGUGUCCAGUUGUACGGUGUUAUGGAGUCGUCGAACGGGAGUUUCAUGCUGCCGCUGGGAACGUUCUGUGGUACGACCAUACCCCCACCCAUCGAAAGUCCCGUGGUCCAUGUGGUAGCCAUCUUCCGGACACUCCGAACGGCGCGUGCCGGGUACCGGGGCUUCAAGCUAACGUACCGAACGGACCGGUAUAGCUGUUCCCACCGGAUCGAGGCACCGUUCGGUGAGGUGGCCAAUCCCGGCUAUGACACCCAGAUGUCCCACCGAAGGCACUGCGUAUGGCGGAUUACCGUGCCCACCGGGCAGCGUGUGAAGAUCCAAUUCCUGGACCUCGAUCCAACGCUAGCACACCGACGGGAGCGACAGUUGCUGUUCUACGAUGGUCACAGUACCGCCACAGACAAACCACGGGAAUUCGUGCGCAUACCGUACGAGUCACCGUCGCACGGUCUGCCGACACCGAUCCAUAGCAGCUCGAACGAGCUAAUGAUUCGUUACUUCUCGCUGCGUGAGAUCUUCGGCCGGGGUACGUUCAAGGUGCGCUUCAGCAGCGCGGAACCAACACUCUGUGUCGGGAACUUGAACGGUUGGGAAGGCACCAUCGAGACACCGUCCAAUGCCAGUACGCUGGCGUGCACGUAUCGCCGUACUGACCGCGGUAAUGGUGUUACGCUGGCGAUGAACUUCCGGGAGGUAGUGGCGGGUCCGUUGGGCCAGAGUUGCAUUCAGAUCGUCGGUGCGAAACACUUGCUCCGAAAGCUGUGCAGCAACAGCAAACCACUCAUCCUUUCGCCCUUCUCCGAUACUGCCAUCGAGCUGAUGCGCGAGGCGACGGAAACGGAAAACGGGCCACCACCGGUGGGAUUCAAAUUGGAUUAUCGGGUGUUCGAGUGUGGCGGUCGGUAUGCCGGUUCGGCCAUCACCAACAUCAGUAGCAGUAGCCACAACGCCACUGGACAUCCCUUGCACUGUGCCUGGCAGGUGCUCUAUCCGAAGGGCACACUGGUCGAGAUCACGGUGGGUCGGUUCGAGCUGCGGCUGCCCUGUGACCAGGAGUACCUGACGAUCUUCAAUGGACCGUUACCGACGAGCCCACGGAUUGGACGGUUCUGCAAGGACAGCCCGAUAAUCGGUUCGAUCGCUACGCAUCGGCACGAACUGUACGUCGAGUAUCACGUCACGGGCGGAACCGGAGUCGGAUCGUUUGAGCUGCUGCUUGCCGGCAAACCGUUCGGCUGCGGUGGUACCCUACACAGCGAUACCCUAACGUUCGGGCCACCAUUGAACGGUAGCUGGUAUCCACCGAACGUCGAAUGCGUCUGGUUGCUGCAGGCUCAGCCGGGUCGGCACGUGAGCGUUCGGUUCGUCGAGCGGUUCAGUAUCGAGAAGAGCCCGGGCUGUACCAAGGACUUCUUGGAGCUGUUCGAUCAGCGAGUGGAGGGUGCGUGGAUUAGCUUGGGCCGCGUGUGCGGCAAGGUGGUACCGGGCGUGUUCAACUCGACCGGCCCGGCGUUCAGGAUCCUCUUCCGUACGGACAACGAUACUGAAUCCGAUGGUUUCACCAUCCGCUGGGAAGUCAACUGUGGAGGUGUGUUCUACGCCGAACAGCAACCGCAGCUUAUCCUGAGCCCCAACUAUCCGGAACCGUACAGCCCGGAUCAGCAGUGUUCCUAUACGAUCCUCGCAUCGCCGAACGCCACCGAACACCGGCACAUCGAACUCAGCUUCGGACGGUUUGAGCUUGCGGAGGUCCCCAGUCCCUUGCCCCGUCCGUCCUGUCAGUCCGCCCCGGCAAGCCUGCAGCUCUACCGACGCGAUGAGCGGUCGACCGAUCCAAACGCCUGGCAGCUGGCUGGUAGCUACUGUGGGCGGGUGGGUCCGGUUGUCCCGUUCCGUGCUCUCGAUCGGGCGCGAGUUGUUUUCCGAAGUUCCCUCCCUGGAUCCCUGGAGGCCCCUGGAUUCACCUUCGUGUAUCGACUCAGUGCGUGUGAUGAUAAUGUCACCAGUAGCCAGCGUAUCCAAAGUCCCCCGAGCGGGCUGCCGGAUGGAGCAUCGUACUGGUCACCACUGCACUGCCGCUGGUACCUAGCGAUACCACCGGGCCAGAAGGUGACGGUACGGUUCGAGCAACUCGUCCUACGUCACUCCACCGACUGCCAGGAUGAUGUGGUCGAGGUAUACCGUGGGCUCGAGCUGACCGCGAAGAAUCGUUUGGUGAAACUGUGCGGUAACCUGACAGGCCAGGCACCGGUUGUGCCAAUCAGCGGAAGCCACGGUAUCAUAUCUUACCGGGUUGGCCAGCAGACGCAGUCAUCACCCUUGGUCGCCCUUAUCCUGUACGGUCCCGAUUGUGACCGGUCGAUAACGCUCGACGAGCGCUCGCCGCGCUACUUGUUGAGCGUUCGAGGUGAUGGCGUUGCGCAAGACUGUCACUACACCUUCCAGGUACCGACCGGCCACACGGUGCUGAUCAGGUUUGGGUCGCCCUUCCACCAGCUCGAGACGGCACGGAAUGCGAGUGCAACCGAGGGCUCGUGUUCGGACGCACUGUAUGUGGAUCUGCACGAUGGUCUCAGUGUGCUGUCGCCACUCAUUGGGCGAUACUGCGGUACCAGGGUGGCACCACCGGCACAACACAGCUCUGGUCCCUGGAUGCACCUGCACUACGUAACCUACGAUUCGGACGCGCUGCUGCUGGACAUGCGACUUGAGGCAACCGUCACUAUGGAACGGUCGCUCUGUGGUCCACUCCAGCACGCCCUAGCGCCGGAUGUCGAGGUCAUCGUGUCUGCACCACUGGCCACCGACGACCAGCCACCGAUCUUGCAGCGAUGCCUUUGGGUGUUUCGGGCACCACCGGACCACCAGAUUGAGCUGCACUUCCUCAAGUUCGACCUCGUUAGCUACGGUGAGCUGAACCGCUGCAAGAAUUACAUUGGCAUACGGGAUGCUACGCACGAGCCCAUCAUAUACGAAGGACUGGGGGAAUCGUUGGUCUACCAUGGCCGCUCCGUUAGCUCCGUCAACUUCACUCACGAUGUCAGCUAUCCGAUGGCCUACCACAAGCACUGUGGUGGCUCGAACGGCCUACCGAGCUCGUACAUCUCAAUCACGAACGAGUUGUUGGCAACACCAGCACUGGCGAUUGAGCUAGCAACAGAGGCAGUCGAUGCGGUGCGGGGAUGGAUGAUUGCUCACGACUUGAAGCUGGCUACAGAGAAGACGGAGACCCUAGUCUUCACGUCGAUGAGGAAUGACAGGGUCACGGCUUACGAGAUGGAUGGACAGGCACUCAGCGUAUCGAGAAGCAUCCGAUACUUGGGCGUGAUGCUGCAAGAGCGCCUCCAGUGGGGGCCACACGUUCAGUUCAUAGCGGAGAAGGCAAUGAAGCAGGUCCAGGCUCUCCGGUUUGCCAUGCGGAACCACGGCGGACCGUCGAGCCAGUCCCGGAAGAUCAUAGCCAGCGUCAUCGACUCGACACUGUGCUACGCUGCCCCCAUAUGGGCAGAGCAAGCGACGAAUCUGCAAUGUAACCGGCGCAUCCUGCAACGAGUGCAACGCGAAAUGGCGAAAGGCGUCGCCAGCACCUUCCGCACCGCUAGUUACUGGUCGGCGGUACUCCUGGCUAGGCUUGUCCCAAUAUGCCUACGACUGAACGAAGAUGCCCGCUGCUACAGGGCCACCCGCGAACACCAGGCCUGCGCUCUGACAAUCAGGAAGCGCGAGCGCGCCGCAACGUUCCAGGCCUGGCAACAGGAAUGGGACAAGGAGAAGGACGACAGGACGGCGAGCCUUCACAGUCGGUGGAUUCGUCGCGUUAUCCCGGAUGUGGAGCGGUGGUUCAGCAGGAACCAUGGACAACGCGUGUCAUCGGUGGGGAGCGGUAGUAUGACGCUGAGCGUUCGACUGUUCGGUUCCUGCGCACAGUACUACACCACCCUACAGGGUCGGAUCCUGCGGACGGUGCGUGGCCAACGCGGAUCGUGCACGAUCACGAUUGAGGUGCCAGAGAACCACACGAUCGCGGUCUACUUCAACCGAUUCCAUCUCGAGCAGGUCGAGUGUGAUCGAGGGCACGCGGUGCGAGUGUACAAUGGGACAGGCGAGCGGCCAGAGCGGAGCCUCCUAGCGGAAUACUGUGGAGCGGUAACGCCGAAUCCCAUCUUCAGCACCGGCCGGGCGCUGCACUUUGUGUUACCGGCCACCGACGCAGCCAACGCCUCGUUGCUCCUGGACGCCACCUACGUUGCUAGCAGCAACAGUCCAGGCUGUGGGGGUGUGCUGUACAACUACGGUGGAUACCUGACCAGUCCGCACUAUCCGAACCGCGUGCACGAGCCGAUGGGCUGCUGGUGGCAUCUGGUCGUGCCGGACAAUCUCGUCGUCGCCCUGCACUUCGACGUGUUCGAUUUGGGCAGUGAGCGGACGUGCAACACCGACUACCUGCGGCUGCUACAGCCGACAGUCGUAGACGAUUCGACAAUUAUGACUUACUCGAUUGAACUCUGCGCUAGCACACAUAUGAGUCGCUUCGUCAGCAGAUCCAACGUGGUGGAUCUGUUCUACCGCCGAUCGGCGCACUUUGACGGCGUUGGCUGGAAGUUGAGGUUUAUGGCCGUUGAACCGGACGAGAACGUCAAGUUUCCGUGA